CUGCUUGUAGUCCUUUGCAUUUCCACUGCUUUUUGUCUGUUGUCAAAACAGCCGAUCAUAGCGACUCUGUGCCCUGUGUAGUCAUGGGUCACUGCAGGUUGAGAAUGACUGAAAAGUUAUGAAAAAUGACUGACCUGCAUUCAUGAACGACGGUGUUACUUGGCAGUCAUACAUUUCUGCCAAUUAAAUGCUUUGUAAUAUGCUUUAAUCUGGUCAAAUGAGCUAAACAUAAAUAUAAUCAAUAUUGAGAGAAAUAUUACAUCCGAGAUAAAGGGAAGGUCAGUCUCUCGUCAUCAUAUGAAGCCUCUUCAUUGGCUACACGGGGAAUGCAGAAUGAACAUUGGCAAUAUACCUCAGGUAAAAUACUAUUGUGUCCCCUUCUGUUGAAUGUCACUGCGAUGUUAGAUGUGAAUUCAGCUGGUUACAUUAUUCAAAAGUCUAACCUCUGACCCACAUACAGCAAGGCCACUUAGGCUCAACAUAAACCGCUAGUCUAUCAACUAGACGCCGAUUGGUCGAAAAACCGCACGCGGGGGCGCGCAAGCAUGACGCGUCGGCCUGUGUUUCCAGGAGAGAUUCUCAUAUGCCAACGCAGACUCCCAUGUCUGAAGAGCCUGCGCGACCCCGUUCAAAUCUGUGUCGGACACUGUUGUGCCCGCUAGAGGAAUGCGCGUGACCGGUACCCGGACCUGACGCGUUCAAUUGAAUUGGUUAAAGCCUUCUUGAGUCUAUACAAAAUAAGAAAAGUGAUUAUAUUUCUUAAUGUGAACGCGUCUUUUUUCUUUCGGUGUUUUUUUUGACGACCGCUGAUGGCUACGGUUUGUUUAGCGGGAACCGUUGAACUACGCCGCAAAGUCAUUGCAAUGUAGAGCAACCUUUUUUCGAUGGCGACACUAACUAAUGCUGGUUCUUCCCGGGGUUCACGUCCAGCGCUCCACUGAAGCCGCGGAUAUCCGGCGUCUCAUGCACAGACUAUCUUUUUUGAUAGAUCAGGACCCGGCCUGCCACUAAUAAGAUGCUCAGCACCACUGACGUUUUGAAGUCCCUCCAUGUUUAUAUUUUUUAAACUCAAUUAGACGACGUUAAAUUGUUCUCAGUCAUUCAUUGAGUUGUAUGUGCAUUUUAUUUUUAUUUGCAUUGCUGAACGUUGCAGUUUGUUUACGUUCUUGAUCUGCGGGAUUAGUGUCAGAACAAUUCUUUGGUGGCUUUAUGUAGCGCGGGGUCGCAGACGCGUCGCUUAAAACAUUUUUUUCCAAGGAUCAUUUGGGGGGCUUACAUAACCCACAGCCAUCACCAUGUAUGCCGGGCGAAAAAGGAGAAAACCGGUACAAAGAGCCGUUAAGCAAGUUUCAAAUGAGGGCUCCAAGUCGAACCCCUCCAAACGGCACCGAGACCGUCUGAACGGGGAGCUGGAGAGGCUGGCCAGCCUGCUGCCGUUCCCCGAGGAGGUGACCACCAGCCUGGACAAACUCUCCAUCCUCCGCCUGAGCGUCAGUUACCUCCGGGCCAAGAACUUCUUCUCAGUGGCCCUGAAGACCAGCAAAUGCAACAGUGUGGUCCCCAGUGGCCCCAGCAGCGACAGCAACGUGGCGGUAGGGCUGUCGGACGCAUGGCUGCCAGAAGGAGAGCUGUUGCUGCAGGCUCUCAACGGCUUCGUCUUGGUGCUCAGUGCCGACGGGACCAUCUUCUACUCCUCCCACACCAUCCAGGACUAUCUGGGCUUCCACCAGACGGAUGUGAUGCACCAGAGUGUGUUCGAGCUGGUCCACACCGAGGACCAGCUGGAGCUCAGGAAGAACCUGCACUGGGCUCUGAACCCACCGGCCGCCACCGUAGUGGCCAUGAAUCAGGCCUCCCCCACAGAAAUGGAGCAGGACAGCGGCACCGCUGUGGUCACCUAUAACCCGGAGCAGCUGCCCCCGGAGAACUCCUCCUUCCUGGAGAGGAACUUUGUGUGCCGCUUCCGCUGUCUGCUGGACAACUCCUCCGGCUUCCUGGCUUUGACCAUGCAAGGGCGUCUCAAGUUCCUACAUGGGCAGCAGCAGCGGCAGGACAACGGGGGCAAGGCACCCCCCCAGCUGGCGUUAUUCGCCAUCGCCACGCCUCUACAGCCUCCAUCCAUCUUGGAAAUCAGGACCAAGAACAUGAUCUUCAGGACCAAGCACAAGUUGGACUUCACGCCAAUGGCCUGUGAUGCAAAGGGGAAGAUAGUCCUGGGCUACACCGAGGCAGAGCUGCGGGUCAGAGGGUCGGGAUACCAGUUCAUCCACGCAGCAGACAUGCUGUACUGCGCAGAGAACCACGUCAGGAUGAUAAAGACGGGCGAGAGCGGCCUCACGGUCUUCCGGCUGCUCACCAAGGACAACCGCUGGAAGUGGGUCCAGGCCAACGCCAGGCUGGUCUACAAGAACGGCAAGCCGGACUACAUCAUCGCCACGCAGAGGCCACUCGUAGAGGAAGAGGGAGGAGAGCACUUGCGCAAGCGUUCAACGCACCUCCCCUUCACCUACGCCACUGGCGAGGCCCUGCUGUACCAGUCCAACCACCCCAUUCCUGGAUUCAGCGACGGCAUCCAUGAGAAGAACGGCAGCAAGUCCAAGAAGUGCCGGUCCGAGCGGGCUGCGAGGGAGGGCCUUGACCCCAGCUCCCUGCUGGGGGCCCUGAUGAGUCAGGAUGAGUCUGUGUACGUCUGCCAACCCGCGCUGGAACCCAAGCUGGCGUUCCACAGCAGCUUCCUGGGAGAUCAGCUGGGCUUCUCCGAGUCCGAGUCCCAUCCAGGGGUUCACAACGGAUGGGAUGCACCCGGGAAUGGCAUCAAUGGCAUCAACGGGGCCGCGCUCCCUCCGCCAGCCAACAGCUUUGACCCGCUUCUGAGCACCCUGGACUCCCUCUCCCUGGGCGACCAGAACUCAGCCACAGCCGAGGAGGAGGGCUGCUCCAACGGAGAGCUGUUCAGAGCUCUGGAGAGUCUGGGCCUCAGUGCCGAGGACCUGGAGCUGCUGCUGCUGGACGAGCGCAUGAUCCGGGUGGAGAUGGACCCGGACCGCGUGCCCUCCCUGGACGACAUCCUCACCAACGACGAGAUCCUGUCCUACAUCCACGACUCCCUGGAGGCCAAGAGCGACGAGGCGGAGGAGGCGGGACAGGCCCCUCCCGUCCUCGCCGUCACCGCCGCCAUCGCCGCCGCCACGACAACCACGGCGGUGUCGCCGGCCUACGUGCGCACCCAGCUCCCUCAUCAGAAGGCUCCCCUGGUGGGCCAGGCCCCCAUCACUCUGCUGUCCCAGCAGAUGCAGCAGCAUCUCAGCAUGAGUUCGGGUAAGGUGGGGCAGGACUGGGUCAACCACAACCACCACUCAGGGCUUAACGGGGAUUACCCGGCGCAGGGUCAAGCCCUCACCGACGGACAGUGGUCAGCCCAGGACAUUCUUCACGGUUCUGGGAUGGCCGCGCGCACGGGACACUACCCUGCGACGCAGGGUUCGCAGCUGGACGGGGAGCAGCAGCAGCAGCGGCGGCGGCAGCGGCAGCAUCAAGCACACCCCCUCUACCUCCAGCCACAGCCGCAGCGUCCCACUGACACGCAGGGCCCUCUCUCGCUGCAGUGCCACGCCAAGCAGAGCGGCGAGAACCUCAACGGUCCAUCCAACGGUACCGGCACAGACCACCCCCUCGGCAAGAGCCCGUGGCAGGCCUUUGGGUUCGGGCAUCCCCCCAGGGAGACCCUCUGCGGCCUCGGUAACGGCCAGGCGCCCGUCACAGCCCCCUCGCUAGACGCUUGCAUCGAUUUCGCCAUGCCCGAGCUCCAGAGCAUGGAUUACCCCGUCAACGGGGGCGGCCUGUACCAGGGUGUCGAGGCGGCGGUCUCGUCCUACCAGAGGAUGAGCCACAAACACCAGCAGGGGCAGCACUUCCAGCCGCCCUCGGCCCACACGGCCCUGGAGCAGAUCCUAGGGCUGAACCAGCCUUGCAGGCAGCUGGGCCCCUACAGCCUGGUGAGCCCGGACAUCGCCCAUGAACCCAACCACGGCAAGAUGGAAAAUGGCUGCAGCCUGAACAGCUCUUACCAGGGGAACUGUGCUCUGCCCAAUGGGAAUGGAGCAGCGCCCCCUAGCGGCCAGAUGCCAGGCCCUGACUCUCUACCCAGCCUAGCAGACCCACAGGUCACAGACUUCUACCUUUGACCGAGGGGGGAAGGGAGCCAGUAUGCUGCCAUUACACUCUUACGUCUUAUUUAGAAUCACCCUAACGACUAAGCCCAGCUUUUUACUUCUACUAAAAAAAUUGAAAAACAAAAAUAAGCAUUUUGGUUAUUUUGUGUGUGUCUGUGUGUAUGUCUGUUCAGCUGUGUGUAUGUCUGUUCAGCUGUGUGUGUGUGUGUGUGUGUGUGUGUGUGUGUGUGUGUGUGUGUGUGUGUGUGUGUGUGUGUGUGUGUGUGUGUGUGUGUGUGUGUGUCUGUCUACAGGAGAGAAAAAGAGUAAUAUUUUACAUUGUACAUAACAUUAUCAUUUAAGUCCUUUGUUUACAACAAUGCAGUCAGAGCAUGGGUCAGGUUGCCACCAUUUUGAGGACCAGAGACGAGAAUUAUGUCCGUUCUUUUCAGUGUGCUUCCAGAGUCCUUGCCCUCCACCACCCUGAGAUUUUUUCUUAAUUUAAUUUUUGUUUAUUUCUUGUUUUUUUGCGACGUGACAUCAGCAGCCCUAGUAUUUUGAGUCAUGAAACAGGAAUGUAACUUUUUUUUUCAAGAGUUGGAUGAGUCUUUGUUGUACAAAGAAUGAUGAGAUUAAGUCACGUAUGUCAGAAGUAGGAAUGAUACAGCACGGUGAAAUUAUGGCUAGAAAUACACUGCACUUUAUUUCAAGCCCCCCUCAACCUCAUUACCACUGUUAGGAAUUCAGUUAAGGUUUUGAAGAAACACGUUGCAUAAUUUCCCCGAGGCAACUGUUUAUGAAGUCUUUAGCAGUUAGUUAGUGGUGUUCUGAGGUGGCAUUCAGACAACAAUUUUACAUUGUUAUAGCGAAAUCCCUCCUAGAUGAUUGAUAGCAUAGAUAUAUAUUUUUUCUCCCACUUGAGGUAACUUUUUUGUUGGACUUGUUGAUCUGGUACCUCUGGAUUUUUAUUUUGUUUACGGUGCUAAUAUUUUACUGUGACUGUCAAACUUGAAUCACUUGAUUUACAUUUUCAAUAUUUAUUAAUGUCUACAUGACAACAAGUUUUUAAUUUGUUUGUAAAUCACAUCAUUGCGGGAAGAAUUACCUUUGUGUGAAUCUCUUUUGUUCAAAAUGAAAAUUGGUCCAAAUGAAUUCCUUGCUUGUUUAUUUUGGGAGUAAAGUCAUUCUACUGGGGCACUCUACUACCUAUAUGUUUCUUUCAAGUAUUCUCAUUUUCUCUUUACAUAAUGGUACAAUUACGUUUAUUUCAAGUCAGGAACUGCAAGUAGGCAUAUAUAUGACGAGACAAUCACAAAACCAAAUGUGAGUACAGAUAUUUAAAACGCACACCAUGAAAAUACGCUUUUUCUGCUACAGAUACAGUUUUGAAUGUUUCAUGUACAUAGCAAGCAUUUGGGAAAAUUACACAAAAAUAGAGCUAUUUCGUCAUAAACAUGCUGAAAGAGAUUUUCAUUUAGCCUAGUUAUAACAAUUAUGUCAUUAGUAUUACAAUUAAUGUGAUCCAUAUUAUAUUAACUGUUGAAAUGUGACACACGAGUACAGAAAUAGUUCAUUUCUGGUUUCCUUUCUUUUCUACAACAGAAUUGUUUGAAAUAUUUAUCUUGAUUUCAUAUGACCUGUUAGAAAUGUCCAAAAAAUCAAAUGUGUGCAGAAAAGCUAACAAAUUAUGUACUAAGAAACACAGGUACCUGUACAUUGAUCGACGUCUUUUCACUCCUUUUAAACACUAUUUCUCAACCCACUGCUGCUUAUUGAGGUACCUGGAUUUUUAUUGUGCAUUGUAAAUGCUACUCUCCCAUCACAAAACAGCUUGAAUCUUGCAUCAGUCUGAUAACAGUGCCAUACUACUGAGACCUGUGAUGAUAUAGGUCAAAUGUUUGGAGGAACGUUCAUUCUGUGAUUUGCUUAGCCACGCUAGCAACGGGCCUACAGGAUAUAAUACAUGUGUAUGGUAACAAAACAUUUUUGACCCAUGUCUUUUGACUGCUUGUUCGAAAUAUUUUACUUUGUCCUUUGAAAUAAAGGAUUUAUUCAAUCACGUUGAAAAGAAA